CGAACGCCACAAGACGCGCGCCGGUUUCCCGACAUCAUAUGCUGUCGGACUCGCGUCACGGCCGCAUUACCGUACAGCCAUCAUAUCCAAGCUGGUCGCGGAUUUUUCAUGUUAUUAUUAUAAUUUAUUGUAUACUGUCGAGUGGGUUUCCUCCUACCGAGGGUCUCGCUCUUUUCGACACAACAAACACCGCGACGCGACCAUUGCUGUCAUCGUCCGAAAUCAUCAGCUGCGUCGCACWUCCGAAAACGAUAAUACUACCGAAUAGUAAUAUAUUACAGUGAUAAAUAUCAUUGAAUAGUAAAAUAUUGUAUGGGUGUACGCAUGUGUGCGUAAGUGUGUUUGAAAAAUAUAUACAUAUUAUAAUAGUUGUUAUAUACCACGGCGUGCGUCUCAAGAUUCGCACUCGUUUGUCGUCGUCGUCGUCUUAUAUACUUGCAGAUCGAUCAAUCGAUUUAAGUGCAAAUUGAUCAUCAUUGUAGUUUCCACCGCUAGAGAUGAACAGAAGCGUUCGAAAGGAUUCCGCGGACUCCAAAGCAGGGUUGGUGAAAAACGAAACGCCGGACGAAGAGAUCAAAGAGUAUGUGAAAACCACAAUGAACGAGAUGCUCGGAUGGUACGGAUAUGAAAAAAUAAAUUCCAAAGACUGUUCGCUGCAAAGUAUGAAUUUAGUUAAGCUCAGAGAAAAAUAUAGAGGUCGCUCAAAAAGCACGGAACCAGAAACUUCGUCAGAUGAAUAUAAUAGUCCACAAUCACCAACUACGUCGAACUCACCAGUACAACAAAUGACAUGCGGAUGGUGUGACAAAACGUUAAUAGCCAAAGCGUUUACAUUCCGCACAGCCGAAUCGGACAAUGAGAAAGUGUUUUGUUCCGAACAAUGUUUCUCGCAUUACCGUAGAGCAAAUUUCAAACGAAAUAAGAAAUGCGAUUGGUGUAGACAUCUGAGACACACAGUCAACUGUGUAGAUUUCCAAGACGGCGAUCAUCAGCUACAAUUCUGCAGUGAUAAAUGUUUAAACCAGUAUAAGAUGAACAUCUUCUGCAAAGAAACUCAAGCGCAGUUAGAAUUGCACCCUCACCUACAGAACACGUCGCUGCCAGAAAACCUAUGUAAAACCAUGGAGCCGAACUUGCCACUCAUUACACCCGACCUAUGGCUACGCGAUUGUCAUUCUCCGCCACUUACAGACCGAUCACCGUCUCCUCAAAAGCCUCAUUCCCCUCCUACACCAGGACCCGCAGUUCCACAGCUACGUAUAUCCAGUAAACUUUUUGACCGUCAAAACCGAAAACGCAAGAGACCAACAGUCGAUGACACUGUGCCACCUGUUUACCCUAAAUUUCCACCGAAUGCGCCAGUUUAUUGUACACCACCGAUAUGUAGUACACCAGCAUUCACGCAAUCUCRGUCGACAAAUAGCAGCAUACCAACAAAUGCUGAUUCAACACCUUCAUCACUUUACCCAUUGAACUUGCCACCAUCGUUACUACCACCACCUAUGGUAUUAGUGCCAUAUCCUAUUAUGUUACCAAUACCAAUACCUAUUCCCAUACCCAUACCUUUACCAUUUUUACAAAAAGAAUGUGAUAAAAGCAGUAAUAAGGAAACAAAUGAAAAAAAAUGAUUAUUAUGUACAUCAUAAUAAACAAAUUAUUUUAAAUAAUAUUAUAAAUACUAUUAUU